AUGUCGAGCUCAUCAUCCUCAAAGGCGUCUUCGGAGAGGGGCGAUGACCUCAAGAGCCUCUCGAUGUCGUCGUCACCAGCAUCCUCGCACUCUUCGUCGGCCACUACACCAGAGCCAUCGAGUCCCACCGUCUCGGCGGCAAAGGCUGCAGAUUUGGUCGACCCCUUCCAGCCGCGCAAAGACUACAACGAGACUGUGCUGCCUGCCAUCCCAGCAUCGGAAGCGCUUCAGCCUUUGGCAACCGACUCCAACACACCAGACCACUGGAUUCCACGCGACGAGCGUAUGAUCCGUCUCACAGGCAAGCACCCUUGCAACGUCGAAGCGCCUCUCUCGGACUUGUUCGCCAAGGGUUUCCUCACUCCUCAGAAUCUCUUCUACGUACGUUCGCACGGAGACACCCCUCGUGUGACCAGAGAGCAGGCUGAGAACUGGAAACUCAAGGUCCACGGUCUCGUGGAAAACGAAAUCGAGCUCAGCAUUAAGGAUCUCAAGGAGAAAUUUCCCAGAGUUACGCUGCCCAUCACACUUGUUUGCGCUGGAAACAGGCGUAAAGAGCAGAACAUGGUUGCCAAAGGUCUCGGGUUCAAUUGGGGUGCCGCUGGUGUCUCUACUGGUCUGUUCACGGGUGUCUACCUCGCAGACAUCCUUGACUACUGCAAGCCCAAGAAUCCACUCCUGUCUUCCUUCCCCUCGUACGACGUUGCUGUGCCUGGGCGCGCGAGGCACGUCGUGUUUGAGGGUGCUGACGAGCUGCCCAAGGGCAAGUACGGUACUUCUCAACGACUCAACUGGGCGCUCGACAGGUCCAAAGGAAUGUUGAUUGCUUGGGGGCUCAACGGCGAAGACCUCUCUCCCGACCAUGGUUAUCCUCUGCGUCUUGUCGUGCCUGGUCAGAUCGGUGGUAGGAUGGUCAAAUGGCUUGAAAGAAUCGAAGUUUCUGAUCGCGAAAGCCAACACCACCUUCACUUCCACGACAACAAGGUCCUCCCCACCGAAGUUACCGCCGACCAAGCCAGAAGCGAGAUGCACUGGUGGUACGAUCCCAAAUACAUCAUCAACGAUCUCAACGUCAACGCUGCCAUCUGCUCGCCUGAUCACAACCAGCUGCUCGAAGUCGCAGAAUCGUCUUCCUCUUCCAGCCCACAGAUGCUCCCUAUCGAAGGAUACGCAUACACUGGCGGCGGAAGACGCAUUCACAGGGUAGAGAUCUCGCUCGACGACGGACACAGCUGGAAGUGCGCUUCGAUCCACUAUCCCGAAGAUCUGUAUCGAAUGUAUCCGAUCCAGGGUCACGAGUACUUUGGUACGCUCGAUCUGAGCGCUACCGAGAUGAGCUUUUCUUGGUGCUUCUGGCGUCUCGACGUAGACGUGCAAGCCGAGAUCAUAGGCAAGGAUGUCAAGGUGAUCUCGGUGCGAGCCUUGGACGAAGGCUUGGCGACGAUGCCGAGAGACAUGUACUGGAACGCCACUUCGAUGAUGAACUCGUGGUGGUUCCGAGUCGCUGUUCACCGCGAAGGCGAGAAGGGCGACAAGAUCCGAUUCGAGCACCCGACUCUUGCGGGUAAUGCAGCCGGUGGUUGGAUGCAGAGGAUGAACGAGACCGGUCUCAACCCUCGCUAUCCUCAGUUCGGUGAUGCUAAAGCAGUCGAGGCCAAGGAAGAUGCCGGGGAAGUUGCGGCCAAAGUGGUCAAAGUGGAUCAAAAAGCCAUCAUGAUUGAUUCGUCCAAAGCCGACACCAUCGUCACCGCUGCUGAUCUGCUCGCACACGGCGACGGUGAAGGUCCAGAGCCGUGGUUCGUUGUGCAUGGUCAUGUAUACGAUGGAACCGGAUUUUUGAAAGACCAUCCGGGUGGAGACCAGUCGAUCCGUCUCGUUGCCGGAGAAGAUGCCACCGAAGACUUCAUGGCGAUCCACUCGAUGGACGCCAAGAAGAUGCUUCGAGACUACCAUCUCGGUCGUCUCGAAACGCAGGACGCACCUCAGGCAGCCGCGACCGAAGCUGAAGUCAUCGAUGUCAGCAAGCCCUACCUCGAUCCCAAAAAGUGGCGACCGACUCGUCUCGUCUGCAAGCAGAUCAUCUCCCCAGAUGCCAGAAUCUUCCGCUUUGCUCUGGGCAGCGAAACGCAGGAACUGGGUUUGCCCGUGGGCCAGCACGUCUUUGUCCGCGUUCGUGCCAAGAACGCGCAAACAGGCGAGAUCGAGACGGUUCAACGAGCCUACACACCGUACAGCGGCAACGACCAGCGAGGGUUCCUGGACAUCUUGAUCAAAGUCUACUUCCCCAGCGAUGGUCAAUCGUCGCCUUCGUUCGAAGGAGGGAAGAUGACGAUGCUUCUCGAGAAGAUCGACACGUCGUCUCCAUCAGACGAUCUAUCGAUCGAGCUGAAAGGACCGCUGGGAUCCUUCACCUACCUGGGACAGCAACAGAUCCGAUGGAAACCCAACAACGCUGUUCGUCGCGUUCGCAAGCUCGCCAUGAUCGCUGGUGGUUCAGGCAUCACACCGAUCUGGUCGACGCUCAAAGCCAUCGCCGACGAAGCACUCGCCGCUCCCGACGCUUCCAGCCCCGACUUGGAUCCGAUGCAGAUCUGGGUCUUGUACGGCAAUCGAACCGAACAAGACAUCCUGAUACGCGAAGAGCUCGAGCGUCUGCGAGUCGCACUCAAGGGCAACCUGCAUGUCUGGCACGUUCUCAGCAAAUGUGCUCCCGAGAGCGAGGCUAGCUGGACCAUGGGUCGCGGUCAUAUCACUGCAGAUUGUCUCAAGACUCACUUGCCACCUCCGCCGGCGAAGCCGGAGAAGGAGGAUGAGUGGGAGGACACGAUGGCGUUGGUGUGCGGUCCACCUCCGAUGGAGAAGGCCGUAUCAGAAGGUCUCAAGCAGCUGGGCUGGGAUCUGGAGCGUACGGUCGUGUUUUUCUGA